UUACUGAGUAGGAAGUUUAGGUGGGACAUCGCCUCGCACUGAUGGUGGUUUUUUUUUUUGGGACUGAGAGCCAAUCAGAAGGACAGGGACACGUAUGUGUGGCAGGACCAGGAGCGUCUGCAGCUCAGCCGCACCGUUACUGCGCGAAGGCAGGGCAACGGCGACAAGGUCUGAUCCGCGACAAACACAUUUCAACAUAAUCCAAAGAUCUCAUCAAAGGGGCAACCAUGAGCCGUCAGUGCAAUGAUGGCGACUCAAAGAGAAAUGAGAGCAGCGCUAAAUCGCCAACUUGGCUCUCCUCAUACUGUAUAGACAGUAUCCUGGGCCGUACGAGUCCCUGUGGAGCAGGAUUAAAAGGGUCAAAAAAUAUCCGCGCGCUGCCUGGCACAACUGAACAAGACGGGAGCGCAGAAGUCUCCACCAAAGAUAGCUCAUCUUUAAUGCCGGAGGUGCACCUGCCGCCCAAGCUACGCCGGUUCUUUGACCGGGAAGGGAAAUACUUGGACUCUGGCAGAAAAUCUCAGGGAAACGGGGAUCUGGUGAAAGCAGAGAAAAUGCACAAUUUUAGAAUUAUACAGGCACCCCCCGUUAACAUCAGUCGUACCAAGUCCUACAGGGAGAACCAGUCGCUGAAACAGCUGGACGGGGCCAAGAGCCCCAAGAGCGGGUCCGAGGCGCUGACGGAAUCGGGGACGCUCAAAUUCGAGGAAGAUGCGGUACAGGAGGAGCCAUCCAUGGAGUCACUUUCUGGAGAUGCAUCUCUAAAAGAAGCAGAGGGCACCAACAACGAUGGGGAUGUUAAAGACGGAGAGGACAGUAUGUGCUUGUCGGCGGGCAGUGACUCAGAGGAGGGCAUGCUCAAGCGCAAGCAGCGGAGAUACAGGACGACAUUUACCACGUACCAAUUAGAAGAGCUGGAGAGGGCCUUCCAGAAGACGCACUACCCUGACGUGUUCACCAGGGAGGAGCUUGCAGUGCGACUAGACCUGACAGAGGCGCGAGUACAAGUGUGGUUCCAGAACCGCCGGGCCAAAUGGAGGAAGCGGGAGAAGGCGGGGGUCCAUGCGGCACCCCAGGGGCUCUCCUUUCCGGGACACCUGCUUGCAUCCCACCCCCUGGGCCCCUACUUCGAAGGGGGACCAUGUGCUGCUCACGUUCCCCAGCCCCAGGACUCCCCCUGGAGCACCGGCACCUUCCGGGGGCUCACUCUCCCUCCCAGUGGCUCGGGGCCCCGGUUUGGCUUGAGUGCCUUGCUGGGCGCCGCCGUGUUCCGGCAUCCGGCCCUCAUGAGCCCGGCUUUUGGCAGGCUCUUCUCCAUGGCGUCCCUGACUGCCCCUCCCUCGUCGGCUGCACUGCUUCACCCCCCCACCACCUCUGUUGAUGCCAUGGUUCCGGCAGCAACUCUGCCGGACUCCCCGGUGCCCUCUGUGGCAGCUGACCGCCGUGCUUCUAGCAUCGCAGCCCUGCGGCUCAGAGCCAGGGAGCACUCGGCUCAGCUUACCCAGCUGAACAUCCUGCCCCCCGGGGGGGCGGGAAAGGAGGUCUGUUAAGCUCCGCCCCCCCCCCCCCCCCCAUAUGAUCACCCUGCCCACACAUGCAUGACCAAAGUGAAGAGGGCCGGCCUUACAGCUCACCUGCAGCUCCCAGAAUGCCCUUGUGAUUUCCGCCAGCGCCUGCCAUCUCUCUCCUCCCGCUCGUCGCCGUAUCCCGCAGGGACAUGAUGAGCAGAGGCCAGUGCUGGGUGGGGUCCUCCAGGCUCUGUAACAGUGGCCUUCUGCUGUCCCCAAAAUCUCUGUGCCAAAGGGGAGAGGGUGACCAGCGAGCUGAGAGCCCCAGCAGCUGUGACAGGCUGGGAAGCACUGAUGCACAUACAGUAUGAGUCGCCUGUAUGAAGCAGAGGACGGCAGCUUCUGUAUUCUCACUGUGGAUUCAUUCCUGCCUCCACUGAUAUUUAAUUUUAAAAUGAGAGCUAUAACUAAGAGCUUUGUAUAUUUUACAGUGUUUUAAACGGCUGUA